AUUAACUAGGUUAAUGAGGUUCGAUAGAUAAUUGCCCAAAACAGAACUGAUUAGCGACAGUAAAGGAACUGUAACACAGAGAAUGGGGUGCUGCUCGUCCAAGGCGCAGCUCUCGACCGUAUCGGAGACUACGCGGCCACAGCCACGUCCGCAGCAGCAGCCGAGAGGUGGGCAAACGCUUGGUGGAAGCCUGCAGAUCAAUGGGGUUGAACCGUCAGCUGCAGAGAAGCGAGCGCGGGCUGCCGAAGCAGCUGAAGCCCGUAUGGGAGACUGGCGUCAGGGCGGCCACGCAGACCCGGACAAGGCGCGCAGCAUCGCACAGCGCCGUGAAAAGGACGAUCUUCUGGCCAAGAUUUACAACAGAUACACCACAUUGGGGCGUGAACCGCCCAUCGGGCUGCCCUCGUGCGACCUGGAUCAACUGCGUCGCCACCUCGAGACGUUGCGCUGAUUGAGAGAGGACACGCACAUUUACCAGAAUAUUUUUGUUGAUUAAUGAAGAAGGCUGCGAUGCAGUCAAUACUUAACCAUUUAUAUGAAGGCGCACUAUCCAGUUGCAGCGGUCAUGGUGUUGCAAUGGUGAUGGCAUUAUCUGUCGUUACUGUACUAGUACGUUAACAUUACGCGUCGUAGGCUUAAGGCCAUCUCUCCUGGUCAAGGCCCGAUUUAAGAUAACCGAGGCGAUCACGUGUGGUGCAAAAGAGACUCUAUACGUCCUUGCUCCCCCAU